AAAAUGGAAGCUAUCAGACCUUGAGCUGGGAGCGACGUUAGGGACAGGUUCCUUUGGGCGCGUACGCCUCGGGAAGCUGAAAGGAACGAAUAACUACUACGCAGUGAAGUGCCUCAAGAAGCGUGAGAUCAUCAAGAUGAAACAGGUCCAACAUCUCAGCCAAGAAAAGCAGAUUCUAAUGGAGCUCUCACACCCGUUUAUUGUGAACAUGUUGUGCUCCUUCCAGGAUGAACGCUGUGUGUAUUUGGUGCUUGAGUUUGUGAUAGGCGGAGAGGUGUUUACCCACCUUCGCUCUGCCGGCCGGUUUCCAAACGACGUAGCAAAGUUUUACCACGCGGAACUUGUGCUUGCCUUUGAAUACAUUCACGGGAAAGACAUCAUCUACCGCGACCUGAAACCGGAGAAUCUUCUGCUGGACAGCAAGGGUCACGUUAAGGUGACAGACUUUGGGUUUGCGAAGAAAGUGCCGGAACGUACCUUUACACUUUGUGGCACACCGGAGUACCUUGCGCCGGAGGUGAUCCAGAGCAAGGGUCACGGAAAGGCCGUGGACUGGUGGACGAUGGGCAUUUUGCUGUACGAAUUUAUCGCUGGGUAUCCCCCGUUUUACGAUGACACGCCGUUUCGGACGUACGAGAAGAUUCUCUCUGGACGCUUCAAGUUCCCGAACUGGUUUGACGCGCGUGCGCGGGAUCUUGUGAAGGGUUUGCUGCAAACGGACCACACGAAGCGUUUGGGGACACUAAAGGAUGGCAUAAUGGAUGUGAAGAAUCACCCGUACUUUCACGGGGCAAACUGGGACAAAUUGUAUGCGCGACACUACCCUGCCCCGAUCCCUGUGAAGGUAAAGAACCCUGGUGACACGAGUAACUUUGAGCGUUACCCUGAAAGCCAAGAAGAUCGUGCGUCGCCCUUAACCGCUGCACAACAGGCCGAGUUCCGUGGGUUUUAG